AGUAGUAGUAGUAUUCUACUUGUAGAGGAGAGAGAGAGAGAAAGGGAGAGAGAGAGAGAGAGAGAGAGAGAGAAACAGAGACAUAAGGAGAAGAAAAGCAACAACCUUUGAGGGUUCUGUGGGAAUCUUUGCUCUGGGUUUCUGAGUUUUGAGCAGUCCCAUGCACCUGUGAGGAGAUUCUCGAUCUAGGUAUUCCGGGUUCUUCUUGAUUAGGGUUUUUUUGGGGGGUUUCAGGCUGAUUUCAGGAAUCUUUUGAGAGGAUUUUCUUCAUCUGGGUGUGUGUAAUUUCGCCAUCUGAAGCUCGAGAACCGCCAUGGACACGGUCGUUAACCGGGAUAUCAAACCGGGUUCAGAGCUCCUCGCCUGUCUUCUCACCAACAGAACCAAGCAAGGUUCCCCUGUUCAUGAUGUGAUGAAUCUCUCGAUCUUCCAAUGAGUUUUUCAUGAAAGUUUAGGAAUCCGAUGAUUGUUUUGUGGUAGGCUGUUUUGAUUUUAGAUUAGUGAAAUCGUUGAUUCUUUCAUUCUUUUUUUUUCUGGAUAUAUUAGUUUACGGGCCGUUUCAACAUUUCAUUCAUUAUAUGUUCUUUGCAUAUUGAGGAGAAGAUUCAAUUCAUUUGUUCAUAUAGGAUCACCUGAUUUCACAUCACAACCCAAAAACACAAGACACCCUUUUGAACGUUUUCUCUGAUUUUGCUUCUUUACUCAUCGGAUUCCAUUUUUUUUUUUUUUUUGUUAAAAACGCACACACACUCACUUAGACUAUCUCUCGCAUUCUUCUUCACGAGCUCAAAGCAUAUAGGAGAUAGAAACAGAAACUGUAAGAAACAAAAAUAGGGUGGGUGGAUCAAAUCAACUGAAAGAUAGAGAACAGAGUUCGGCGGUUAGACCAUGUUGGCAGGGUGCUCGAGCUCUACACUGCUGUCACCGACGCAAAGAUUGAGGGCUGAAUCACCGAGAACAGUACAGUUUCAUCACCAUCAUCAAGCUUGUCAUCUUCCCAUGAACACGCAGAGAUUGGACUUACCUUGCAGUAGCUUCUCACGCAAGGAAUCGUCUUCGAACCGUUCAUCACAAUCCAACAGACCGCUCACCAGAAGCGUCUCGCUCGACAGCAAAUCCAAGGCCUCUUCACUCAAGCAGCACAUAAAGCUUCCACCUUUGGCGACAACAAGAGGCGGAGAAGGGUUUUCCUGGAACAAGGACAAAGACAACAACGACCAAGGGGGUAAGAAUCUGAAGAGGUUGGCCGAUGAGGCUGACUCUUGUCUGAACAGAGCGAAGAGGAAACGAGGCGAAAGGGAGGGUCAGCAGUUGGGAUUAGGUGGGAGUUUCUGGUUUGAGCAGUUCGCGGGCCGGAAUUCUCCACAAGUGCCUUUUUCUUUGACGUGUUCGGGUGAUGAAGACAGGGUUUGUUUCGUGCCGAGCGAGGUGAUUUCUCAGCCAUUGCUGAGUAAUCCAAAUUGGGUUGACUCAGUGAUAACUGAGUUAGCCGGCAUAGGCAACAAGGACACGGAGAGUAGCCGCCCAACCACGACGGUCAAGGAAGCUUCUGGAUCAAGUGCAUCAUCGGAGAGCCACAGCUUGCGUUACAGCUUACCCGAAUCUACAAAUGGUUCAAGGAAUCCAUACUCACACGAAAGGGUAGGGGCAAGAGCAGGGACCAGUAAAGAAGAAGACAACAACAACAACAACCAUGGAAACGAGUUGCAGAAGGACUUGGAGCUUGUCGGCUUGCUUAAAGGAUGCUUAGAAGCAAUCGAUGAAAAAAACAUUGCCCCCAUUAAUCAUUUCAUCGUGAGAUUGGGCGAUCUUGCUUCUCCUAGAGGGAAAACCCCUCUGACCCGGGUUACCGCCUAUUACACUGAAGGUUUGGCUCUGAGAAUCACAAGGAUGUGGCCUCACAUCUUCCAUGUCACACCCCCUCGGGAUUUCGAAAGAACAGACAAGGAGGAAGACUCAGGAGCUGCUGGCUUGAGGUUCCUGAACCAAGUGACCCCAAUUCCAAAGUUCAUUCAUUUCACAGCCAAUGAGAUGCUACUCAGAGCUUUCCAAGGGAAAGAAAGAGUUCACAUCAUCGAUUUCGACAUCAAGCAAGGUCUGCAAUGGCCUAGCUUCUUCCAAAGCUUGGCUGCGAGACCGAACCCUCCAUUACACGUUCGGAUCACGGGCAUCGGGGAAUCAAAACAAGAGCUCAACGAGACAGGAGACCGUCUCUAUGGAUUCGCAGAAGCCCUAAAUCUUCCAUUCGAGUUUCACUCUGUCGUUGACAGGCUCGAAGACGUCAGGCUAUGGAUGCUUCAUGUCAAAGAAGGCGAAUCCGUGGCCGUAAACUGCGUUUUCCAGUUGCACAAGACGCUAUACGACACAACCGGAGCAGCGAUUAGGGAUUUCAUGGGUUUAAUCCGAAGCACAAACCCAAUAGCGCUCGUUAUCGCGGAACAAGAAGCGGAACACAACACGGAUCAUCUGGAAACACGUAUCUGCAACUCACUCAGAUACUACUCCGCGAUAUUCGAUUCAUUACACUUCAAUCUUCCGACGGACAGCUUAAUCAGAGUGAAGAUCGAGGAGAUGUUCGGGAGGGAGAUCAGGAACAUCGUUGCUUGCGAAGGAAAUCACCGGCAGGAGAGGCACACGGGUUUCAGGCGAUGGAGAAGAUUGCUGGAGCAAUUAGGGUUUCGCAGUCUGGGAGUCUCGGAGAGGGAGGUUCUGCAGAGCAAGAUGCUGCUCAGAAUGUACGGCGGCGGCGGCGGCGGCUUCAACGUCGAGAGGCGAGAUGAGGACGGCAGCGGCGGAGUGACGUUGCGGUGGUCGGACCAAGAGCUCUACACAGUCUCGGCUUGGACUCCCGCCGAGAUCGGAGGGAGUUCUUUGUCUUUAGCUCGACACAGCUAAUACUUUUUUUUAUUUUACAGAAACAAAAGAAUAAUGGGAAAAAAAAAAA